GAGAGGGGGGGGGAUAUUGUGUGUGUGGCCAAGGAAAAGGCAGGGUGUGUAAGAGUGAGAGAGGACAGAAGCAAAAGAUUUGAGAAAGACUAGUUUACUAGAGGGAGAAGUGUGAGCAAGAAGAAUAAAGGUUACAAAGAAAAAUAGGAAUACAGAAAGGGAGAGAGGGACAGAAACAAAGUCAUAGCAGCUGCUUCAGAGGACUGAGCCAAAGGGAACAGGAGAGAAUUUCUGCGCCAUGGGCAAAUCAGCUUCUAAGCAGUUUUCGGGGGAGGUGUUGCGUAGUCAUAACGAGUAUCGUAGGAAGCACCAGGCGCCCCCUCUGAAGCUGAGCAGCAAGCUGAGUAGAGAUGCCACUAGGUAUGCUGAGUCUCUGGCCAGCACACGGAUCCUGAAGCACAGUGUUGAGUCCAGUAAGGGGAGCUGUGGCGAGAACCUGGCCUGGGCCUCCUAUGACCAACCAGGGAAGGAUGUGGCCGACCGCUGGUAUGACGAGGUAAAACAAUACAACUUCAACUGCCCCGGCUUCUCCUCUGGCACAGGUCAUUUCACAGCAAUGGUGUGGAAGGGCAGUAAGAAGCUGGGUGUGGGGAAGGCCAGUGUGUCAGAUGGCUCGUCAUUCGUGGUAGCCAGGUACUUUCCAGCAGGGAACAUCACCAACCAGGGACACUUUGACAACAAUGUCCUGCCACCCAAGGAAUGAGGAACAUAUUGACCCAUCACUCUCAUCCCCCAGGAGCUGACCAUCCAAAAGACAUUGGCACUUUGACUUGACUUUAUAUACAGUGGCAAGAAAAAGUAUGUGAACCCUUUGGAAUUACCUGGAUUUCUGCAUAAAUUGGUCAUCAAAUUUGAUCUGAUCUUUAUCUAAGUCACAACAACAGACAAACAAAGUGUGGUAAAUGAAUAACACACAAAGAAUUGUAUUUUUCUUGUUUAUAUUGAAUACAUCAUUUAAACAUUCACAGUGUAUGUUGAAAAAAGUAUGUGAACUUCUAGGCUAAUGUCUUCUCCAAAAGCUAAUUGGAGUCAGUAGUCAGCUAACCUGGAGUCCAAUCUAUGAGACGAGAUUGGAGAUGUUGGUUAGAGCUGCCUUGCCCUAUUAAAAACACACGCAAAUUCGAGUUUGCUUCUCACAAGAAGCAUUGCUUGAUGUGAACCAUGCCUCGAACAAAAGAGAUGAAGAAUUGUUGACUUGCAUAAAGCUGUAAAGGGUUACAAAAGUAUCUCUAAAAUCCUUGAUGUUUAUCAGUCCACAGUAAGACAAAUUGUCUAUAAAUGGAGAAAGUUCAGCACUGUUGCUACUCUCCCUAACAUCUCUGUUACCGAGUCUAUGAUAGUAAAACACUAAACAAGAAUGGUGUUAAUUGGAGAACACCACAGAAGAAGCCACUGCUGUCCAGAAAAACAUUGCUGCACAUCUGAAGUUUGCAAAAGUGCACCUGGAUGUUCCACAGCGCUACUGGCAAAAUUUUCUGUGGACAGAUGAAACUACAGUUGAGUUGUUUGGAAGGAGGACGCAACACUAUGUGUGGAGAAAAAAAGGCACAGUACACCAACGUCAAAACCUCAUCUCAACUGUAAAGUAUGGUAGAGGGAGCUUCAUGGUUUGGGGCUGCUUUGCUGCCUCAGGGCCUGGACAGCUUGCUAUCACCGACGUAAAAAUGAAGUCCUAAGUUUAUCAAUACAUUUUGCAUGAGAAUGUUAGGCUAUGUGUCCGCCAAUUGAAGCUCAACAGAAGUUGGGUGACGCAACAGGACAACGACUCAAAACACAGAUGUAAAUCAACAACAGAAUGGAUUCAACAGAAGAAAAUAAACCUUCUGGAGUGGCCCAGUCAGAGUCCUGACCUCAACCUGAUUGAGAUGCUGUGGCAUGACCUCGAGAGCAGUUCACACCAGACAUCCCAAGAAUAUUGUUGAAGUGAAACAGUUUUGUAAAAGGAAUGGUCCAAAUUUCCUCCUGACCGUUGUGCAGGUAUGAACCGCAACUACAGAAAACGUUUGGUUGACGUCAUUGCUGCCAAAGGAGGGUCAAUCAGUUAUUAAAUCCAAGGGUUCUCAUACUUUUUGCACCCUACACUGUGAAUGUUUACACAGUGUGUUCAAUAAAGACGUGAAAGUGUAUAAUUGUCUGCGUGUUAUUAAGUUAAGCAGACUUUGUCUAUUGUUGUGACCUAGAUGAAGAUCAGAUCAAAUUGUAUGACCAAUUUAUGCAGAAAUCCAGGUAUUUCAAUAGGGUUCACAUACUUUUUCUUGCCAGUGUGUGUGUGUGUGUGUGUGUGUGUGUGUGUGUGUGUCUGUGUGUGUGUGUGUGUGUGUGUGUGUGUGUGUGUGUGUGUGUGUGUGUGUGUGUGUGUGUGUGUGUGUGUGUGUGUGUGUGUGUGUGUGUGUGUGUGUGUGUGUGUGUGUGUGUGUGUGUGUAUAACAAAACCACUGUGACUAACAAAUGCAUAAAAUGUAUAUUAUUAUGCACACCAUUGACCAAACCCAGACCAUGGCAGCUGUGCCUUCUGGAGGUGUACCGGCCACCCAACUGCAUUUCGACCUACUCAUUCCAUCAUUAGUGGGGAUAGAGAUUCACCUGUGAUGUUGCUACAGUAAUCUACUCACUUAGACAUUUCCUGAAUGCUUAAACCUUUGGUGACUGGAUGGUAUUUGUAAGGAAACAGUUGAGUUGAGAGAGCAUAGUAAAAUAAUUUCUGUUGAAUAUAUAUAUAUAUAUAUAUACACAUACACACCUACUCAUUCAAGGGAUUUUAUUUAUUUUUACUAUUUUCUACAUUGUAGAAUAUAGACAUCAUAACUAUGAAAUAACACAUACGGAAUCAUGUAGUAAACCAAGAAAGUGAUAAUUAAACAAAUCAAAAUACAUUUUAGAUUCUUCAAAGUAGCCACCCUUUGCCUUGAUGACACCUUUGCACUCUUGGCAUUCUCUCAACCAGCUUCACCUGGAAUACUUUUCCAACAGUCUUUUGGCUACUUUUCCUUCACUCUGUGGUUCAACUCAUCCCAAACCAUCUCAAUUGGGUUGAGAUUGGGUGAUUGUGGAGGCCAGGUCAUCUGACAUGGCACUCAUCACUCCCCUUCUUGGUCAAAUAGCCCUUACACAGCCUGGAAGUGUGGUGAGUUAUUGUCCUGUGGGGAAAAAUGAUAGUCCCACAAAGCGCAAACCAGAUGGGAUGGUGUAUCACUGUAGAUUGCUGUGGUAGCUAUGCUAGUUAAGUGUGCCUUGAAUUCUAAAUAAAUCACCGACAGUGUCACCAGCAAAGCACCAUCACACCACCUCCUUCAUGAUUCACGGUGGGAACCAUACAUGCAGAGAUAAUCCGUUCACCUACUCUGCGUCUCAGAAAGACACGGCAGUUGGAACCAAAAAUCUCAAAUUUGGACUCAUCAGACCAAAGGAAAGAUUUCCACAUUCUCAUGUCCAUUGCUAGUGUUUCUUGUCCCAACCAAGUCUCUUCUUCUUAUUGGUGCCCUUUAGUAGUGGUUUCUUUGCAACAAUUCGACCAUGAAGUCCUGAUUCACACAGUCUCCUCUGAACAGUUGAUGUUGAGUUAUGUCUGUUACUUGAACUCUGUGAAGCAUUUAUUUGGGCUGUGAUUUCUGAGGCUGAUAACUCUAAUGAACUUAUCCUCUGCAGCAGAGGUAACUCUGGGUCUCCCUUUCCUGUGGCGGUCCUCAUGAGAGCCAGUUUCAUCAUAGCACUUGAUGGUUUUUGCGACUGCACUUGAAGAAACUUUUAAAGUUCUUGAAAUGUUCCUGAUUGACUGACCUUCAUGUCUUAAAGUAAUGAUGGACUGUUAUUUCUCUUUGCUUAUUUGAGCUGUUCUUGCCAUAAUAUGGACUUGGUAUUUUACCAAAUAGAGCUAUCUUCUGUAUACCACCCUUAACUGAAAGAACGGAAAGAAAUUCCACAAAUUAACUUUUAAGAAGUCACACCUGUUAAUUGAAAUGCAUUCCAGGUGACUACCUCAUGAAGCUGUUUGAGAGAAUGUUCAAAGCUGUAAUCAAGGCAAAUAUCUCAAAUGUAAAAUAUAUUUAGAUGUGUAUAACACGUUUUUGGUUACUACAUGAUUCCAUAUGUGUUAUUUCAUAGUUUUGAUGUCUUCACUAUAAUUCUACAAUGUAAAAUAGUAAAAAUAAAGAAAAGCACUGGAAUGAGUAGGUGUCCAAACUUUUGAAUGGUACUGUGUUUAUAUAUACACUAAAGGUUCAAAAGUUUGGGGUCACUUAGAAAUGUCCUUGUUUUUGAAAGAAAAGCAAAGGUUCUGUCAAUUUAAAAUAACAAAAUGUAUCAGAAAUACAGUGUAAACGGCUGAUUGUUAAUGGAAUAUCUGCAUAGACGAACAGAGGCCCAUUAUCAGCAACCAUGACUCCUGUGUUCCAAUGGCAAAUUGUGCAGAACAGUGCAAACUGGCUCUAACCAGAAUAGAAAGAGGAGUGGGAUACCUCGGUGCACAACUGAGCAAGAGGACAAGUACAUUAGUGUGCCUAGUUUGAGAAACAGACGCCUCACAAGUCCUCAACUGGCAGCUUCAUCAAAUAGUACCCAUGAAGGGAGUAGUACAUAGCGUUGUACGAGAUCUUCAGCUUCUUGGCAAUUUCUCGCAUGGAACAGCCUUCAUUUCUCAGAACAAGAAUAGACUGACGAGUUUCAGAAGAAAAUUAUUUUUUCUGGCCAUUUUGAGCAAGUAAUCGAACCCACAAAUGCUGAUGCUCCAUAUACUCAACUAGUCUAACGGACAGUUUUAUUGCUUAUUUAAUCAGAACAACAGUUUUCAGCUGUGCUAACAUAAUUUCUUAAUGUUAUUCUAAUGAUCAAUUAGCCUUUUAAAAUCAUAAACUUGGAUUAGCUAACACAACGUGCCAUUGGAACACAGGAGUGAUGGUUGCUGAUAAUAGACCUCUGUACGCCUAUGUAGAUGUUCCCUUAAAAAUCAUCCGUUUCCACCUACAAUAGUCAUUUACAACUUUAACAAUGUGUACACUGUAUUGCUGAUAAGCUUUAUGUUAUUUUAAUGGACAAAAAAAUGUGCUUUUCUUUCAAAAACAAGGAAAUUUCUAAGUGACCCCAAACUUUUGAAUGGUAGUGUAUAUACGUACGGUAUAUAAAAUGUUUAACUCAUUGUGGGCAUGUUUUUGUGAGAUUGAUUUAAAUUGACCUGUUUAUGAACUGAACACUUGUUUGACUGUAUGUUUUGUAUUCUGUUUUGUAUUUUAAGUUUGAUAUUUUAACCAGUUUUAUGUAAUAAAUGUGACUGCUUGUAAAAUGC